GGCUUUCCGUCUCUGCUAUCGGUCUGGACCAUCUACAUCACCCGGGAAGGCGGGACGGACGAGGAUUAAGCUGUCACACGGGGCAUAACAUGAAGUGACGUGCACUCUGCAUGGAUCAGUGACAGGCAGUGUGGGGACAGCCGCUGCACAUACCGCUUCCCUCCCAUAAUAACGCAAGGAUGAUGCAUUCUCUCCAGUGUGCACACACGGCAGUACCGCUGUACGGGCUCUGACGGAGGCGCCCCUCACACCAAUACACGGAGCACACCGGGCUACAGGCCUGGCACCACUGCCUCCAGCUGGCUCCCUCCCGGGCUCUGAGCCCUGAGCUCCCCCCCAGCCAGCUCGGGGACCUGCCUUCAUGUACCCGCACGAUGUCCGGGAAGCAUUACAAGGGCCCGGAGGUCAGCUGCUGCAUCAAGUACUUCAUAUUCGCCUUUAAUGUCAUCUUCUGGUUUUUGGGAAUCGCCUUUCUGGGAGUCGGGCUAUGGGCAUGGAGUGAAAAGGGCGUGCUUUCCAACAUCUCCUCCAUCACGGACCUUGGUGGGUUCGAUCCUGUUUGGCUCUUCCUGGUUGUGGGAGGCGUGAUGUUUAUCCUAGGUUUUGCUGGCUGCAUUGGAGCUCUCCGGGAAAACACUUUCCUCCUGAAAUUUUUUUCAGUUUUCUUGGGAAUUAUUUUCUUCUUGGAGCUCACAGCUGGCGUCCUCGCAUUUGUCUUUAAAGACUGGAUUAAGGAUCAGCUGUAUAUAUUUAUCAACAGCAACAUCAAAGCAUACAGAGAUGAUAUUGACCUGCAAAACCUCAUUGACUUCACACAGGAAUACUGGCAGUGCUGUGGGGCAUUUGGAGCUGAUGACUGGAAUCUGAAUAUUUACUUCAACUGCACAGAUGCCAAUGCCAGUCGAGAGCGCUGUGGAGUGCCAUUCUCCUGCUGCACUAAAGACCCUGCUGAAGAUGUCAUCAACACUCAAUGUGGCUACGAUGUCAGGCAGAAGUCAGAACUUGACCAGCAAGCGACCAUACAUACCAAGGGCUGUGUUCCUCAGUUUGAGAAGUGGCUGCAAGAUAAUCUAACCAUUGUGGCUGGGGUGUUCAUAGGCAUUGCAUUACUGCAGAUUUUUGGCAUAUGUCUGGCUCAGAAUUUGGUGAGUGACAUUGAAGCUGUCAGGGCCAGUUGGUAAAGCUAUUCCUUAGAGACCAAGCUCGGCAGAAGACACUGGAAGCAGAUACUGAGCCUGGCAGCUCAAUACCGUGGUCCAGGGCCAAGAAUGUUCACAUCCCAAUUUUGAGUGAUGUAGGAGAAUUCCUUGGCGGCUUUUGCAUAACUAAUGGCACAAGCUAAUAGUGCAGAUCGUUUCCCUGCAAAAAAAGCAUUACAAUGUUUACAGGGAAGUGACUGUGAACACGAACUAUCCCGGAGCUUUUAUUGUGUUUCUGAUUGCAUGUGGUAAGGUUUACAGAAUAUUUGUGAAAAGAGCAUUAUCUCACCAUCGUGCAGCACACAAUGAAUGCACAUGUUUUGGCAGAUGUAUAAUUCCUUUAUUAAUAGCACAACAGUCAGAUAUUUGAUCAGCCUGGUAUGUCUAUGGUUACACUGUCCUGUAUAUACUACAUGAGAUGGCAGCUGGUACAGUAUGUUGUUUCUAAUUUUACAGUCUAGUUUAAUAGACUGAGAGUGAGAAAAGCAGGCACAUGGUGUCAUGGCUGGCGGCUAAUAUAGACCCCAUUAGACCAGAGAUUCCACACUUCACAAUUUGUUUGUACUUUUGAUGGUGUUUUAUGCUGUGUAACAAUUCACCGAUGGCAAGAAGCAACUAUGUGUUUAUGUGAUCAUUGCGCCUGUCCUUAUAGUCCUAUGAAACUCAUACAGUACUACCUUCACACAAAAAUAUUUCUCAGAUUAAAAGUGUGUUAGAAUGAAAGUAUUUCGGAAAACACAUUAAAUUAGGGUCUGCGGUAAUCUGAAGUUUUCUAAGACCUUUGGUGCUAAUAUCUAACAUAUCAAAUGCACCUCCUUGUGAAUCAAUUAUCUUACUGUGACAGAUAAAGAGCUCAACUACAUUUUUAUAGAAAUCCUAAAAAAGACAGGUUGCCUAGCAACACAAGUGCCUCCUCUUUCAGUGACUACUGUUCUGCUGGACACAAUGAAAAAACACAGACUCCUUAAAGCGUCACUGAGGUUUCAACAAAUUUUGCAUUAAUCAAUAGUACAGAAUGUGUACAUGAGGAAUAACAUUAUUUCUGGUAAUUAUAUCACUUGUAUCUGGCAUUUUUUAGCAGUUUCCCUCUGUGCUUGCUGAAUAUUUGGUCUGCAGUUCUCUCAGACAUGGUGAAUGGAGAUGAGCGGCUAUCCACUGCACACACAGAAAGUAGAGGAGAAUGUACUUCCUAACCUUCUCUUAUUCACUCAGAAGCAGCCCCAGUAUAAUGAUGGGCAUUACUGAGAAGUACUGAGCUAUAACCUUCCUCUGUAGCUGUGCAGUCUCUCUUUGUCUGUGCCUGUCUCCUCAGCUCCUGCUUACUCCUCCCCUUUCCAAAGACUUGCAUUGACAUGUGUAAUAUGAUCCUCUUGCAGAAAUCAUCCAUCCUGGAAGGAAAAGGAAUUUUUUUAAGUGAAAAACAAUUAGCAGGGUAACAGGAGAACUAGACAUUACUCACUGAAACAUUACAAAGUUUCUUAUGGUCACUUGUACUAUUGAUUUAUGCAAAGUUAUGUGAACAUUUAUUGACCAUUUAAGCCAGUGUCAGAAUUCAAUUUUUAAUAAGUUCAACAACAUUUAACAAGUAUUUUUCU